UUUAUUACGUCGAUUUAUGCAUGAAAGUAGCUUUUAUUAAUGUCUGUUUUAAUUUUUAUGUGUGUCUAGUAUGAAUCCUUACGUGACCGCGUUUAUCGUGGCUCUCAUCUGCGCGCUCUCCACCGGCGCCGCGCAACACCUGGAAAAAGAAAAUUGGCUGUCACACCGUCCAAUUGAGUCCAACAGCACAUCCAACUCCUCCGACCUGACUUAUGGAUUCAUAUCCUGCGCAGUGUCUGCGGUCUUCUUCGGUAGCAACUUUGUACCGGUGAAAAAGAUUGAGACUGGGGAUGGUAUGUUUUUCCAGUGGAUCCUAUGUGCUGCUAUAUGGACAGUCUCCCUUGUGGUGAACAUCAUUCUGAACAGUCCUAAGUUUUGGCCUCUUGUUAUGCUGGGAGGAGCUAUUUGGGCUACUGGAAAUAUAACAGUAGUUCCUAUUGUAAAGACUAUUGGACUUGGUCUUGGUCUUCUUAUAUGGGCUUCAUUUAAUCUGCUGUUGGGUUGGGCCAGCUCACGGUUUGGCUGGUUCGGUAUUGGUGCUGAAACUGUUUCCAAACCAGUGCUGAACUACUGUGGAGCAGGUGUAUGUUUAUUUAGUGCCAUUGUAUUUUUCUUUGUGAAGACCGAUGUUCAAAGAUCAACAACAUCUGAAGAAACACCGCUACUAAUAGACCAUGUAGUCAACGCAGAAUCUGUGGUGGCAACAGAUGAUUCUUGGGUGGAUGCAUUAAGCCCACGCAUGAAACGUUUCGUUGGAUCAUUCCUUGCUGUUGUUGCUGGACUGCUGUACGGAUCAUCUUUUGUUCCAGUUCUGUACAUAAAAAAUCAUGCAUCAGAUCCAGACAGCCCAUACAAUGGGGCUAGCCAAUUUGAUCUGGACUACGUAUUUGCACAAUAUAGUGGGAUUUUCCUUGCUAGUACCGUGUAUUUUCUUCUGUACUGUGCCAUCAAAAGAAACAAGCCUCAGGUGUUUCCUAAAGCAGUUCUGCCAGGAUUCCUUUCUGGCAUCAUGUGGGGUGUUGCUACGUGCUGCUGGUUUCUGGCCAACCACUAUCUCAGUGCUGUAGUGAGCUUCCCCAUUAUCACCACUGUUCCUGGACUGAUUGCAGCUCUUUGGGGUGUUCUGGUGUUCAAGGAAGUGAAGGGUUGCCGAAAUUACAUUGUCCUCAUUUUUGCGUUCUGUCUGGUUCUAUCUGGGGCAUUAAUGACUGCAUUUUCAAAGAUCUAAAUCUUUUAAGGGCAAGAAAUGCACAGAACACAUUUUAUUCUAGUUUUUCUUUUAAACCAUAUUUUAAUAACUUUUGAAAGCUGCAAAUUGGAAAUGUAUUAUGUGGUUAUUACAGGUAAUACAGCUACAAGCUAAAACAUACUGAAGAAAACAUUAUUGUAUUUAUCAGAAAGGGAUGUGGUCCUUAAACUUGAAAUGUUACUGCAACAGCAAUAUUCGCACAUGUUCUGUUUAUGUUAUUGGGAACCUAGUUCCCUGUAUUUUAAUUUUAUUUGCAAUAGCACACUUUUUUCUGUGUUUACACUAUAAUAGACCUCACUGUACUUUUGCAUAUAAUGGUUAGUGGUUUCUAUUAUACAGUAAGAUUCAGUGGAUCUUAUUUCACAGGACUUACUUAAUACAUUUUUGAAGAAGAAUAUGAAGUCUAUUUUAAUUUUUGUAUUUAAUUUAAUGCACUGUUUUUCUUGGUAAAAAACAUGUUGACCUUUUAACCCACUUUUUAUUUAUUUCUAAUUAUUCUGAAUGGAAAUUCAUAGCACUGUAGUGGCAUUUUUACUGUAAUAACAUUACAGUACAGUUUAGUUUUAAAGUUUCAGCACUAUAUAAUAAUUAUUAUUUUUUCUUUCUGAAUUUCUGAAACUGUAUAUAAUAUUAGAGGUAAAUGUCAUGAGUUUCUCCAUGAAAAAAAGUUUAGAAAAUCUUGUGGUUUUUUUCUUUACUGCUGCCAAAAUGUCAAAGGCCUUUGUUUUAUAUUUGAUAAUUUUUUUUGUACUUUUUUCUAAAAGGGAAAUAAAGGGCCCUAUCAUAC